AUGACUUCCUUGCCGCCUUCCUUUAUACCUAAACGGCCCGUGAAUAAAACUGUAAGAUCAGCAACACCCACACAUACACCACCAGAAACAUUCCAAAAUGUCCAACAUGGGGCCGGAACAUUGGACAUAUCCCAACUGGUUGAUAAUGACAGUAUACAGCCCGAGGACAGUGCAUCAAAUGUGAAACGUAAUAGUGAGGUUAGUGUCACUUUAUCUGCACUCAGAUACAAAGGAUUACAAAGGGAAAUAGAAUUAAAGACUGAAUUAGAAUCAUUGAAAACCAAGACAGAUCUGCAGAAUGAGAAGGAAGAGAUACAGAGAAGGAUAGAAUUGGCAAAUGCAGAAACAAAAGCAAGACAGGCUGCUGAGAAGGCCUUAAAGAUAAAGAGAAAACAGGAAUUGAAGCAAAGGAUCAGAGAAAUUGAAAGGAAAGAGAAAGAAUGUGCAUAG